CUCAUCUUAAACAUAAAUAAACACUUCCAAAGGUUCCAAUAUAUCCUUAAUUGUCAUCAUGGCCAAGAAUAUUAUCAGAAAGAAGGGUAGUAAUAGUACUAGUAGUAGUGGAGGUGGCAUUGUGAGCCUCAAAUUUGUAGUUGAGAAGCUUCCCAAGAAGCUCUUACUAAGAAGAAACAAAAAAGCAAGUUCAAAUUUUGAUCAGCAAUACAAAGAAGAAGCUUGCUAUGAUUCUGCCUCCUCUGUGCCAGAGGAUGUGAAGGAAGGGCAUUUUGCUGUGAUUGCUGAAGGAAGGGAAGAAGCUGAAGCAAAGAGAUUUGUGCUUCCAAUAAGCUGUUUAUCAAACCCUAUUUUCUUGAGGCUGUUGGAGCAAGCAGCUGAAGAGUAUGGAUUUGAACAUGAAGGUGCAGUCACCAUUCCUUGCAGGCCUUGUGAGCUUGAGAGGAUACUUGCUGCACAACAAUGGCUUCAAGAUGAUGGAUCAUCAGAUGAUGCUGGAAGCUGGAAUUCCUGUGAUAACUCCAUGGUUUCUCAAAACUACUACUCAUAAAAAAUGGUAGAUAUAUAGUCAUAUACUGAUUCAUAACAAAACAAUGCUAUGAUUUCAUUAUUUGAUGCAUUUUAAUUUCUUUAAAUAUAGUUUUUAGUAUUAGAUGAAACUCAUUUGAAUUUCACCACUAACUGCAUAUGUUUGGAUCGAAAUCCUUCUAGAAUUUAUUCUAAAAUCAAAAUUAAUUUUGGAAAAAAGCUUAUGUGAUGAGUAGCUUUUAAAUACCAAAAUUAAUUUCAAAGAAAGAGAAGUUGAUUCAUACAUAUCAUAAGUUGUUUCUGGUUCAAUCCACAUGAAAUACAUCUCAUAGUAAAAAAGUGUGUUGAGAAAAUGUAAAAAAAUGUGUUGAUUAGUUAAUAGCCCUUUUCAUCAUGAUAUAUGGAACAAGAUGUCAAAUUAAGAGCUUGUUGUUGUGUUAAUUACUUUCUUUCCAGCAUCUAAUUUCCUUAUUAG